AUGAGCUCCGACCAAGUUAUAAAACCAUCCAUGGUCGUUUUUGCCUUUGAUUCUCUUGUAAAUCGCCUAAAUGGUCAACCUUCGCCGCCUAUCCCAGCCGACUUUCCUUCGCAGCCAUUCCCUUUGUUCGUCACCUGGAAGCUAGGUCCGAAAUCCCGAGUGUUUGGCUGGAAGACCUCGUCAAAUGGAUAUCUUAGAGGAUGCAUCGGUUGCUUUGCCGAUCUCGAGUUGGGCUCUGGAAUCGAAGAAUAUGCCCUAACCGCCGCUCUCAAAGACUCAAGAUUUCCUCCCGUCCAAAUGAAUGAAGUUCCUGGACUCAGUUGUACAGUCAGUCUGCUCACGAAUUUCGAGGAGUGUUCCAACUCAUACGACUGGACUUUGGAGAAUCACGGGAUCAAGAUCCGAUUCAAUGCGUAA